CAUGCAGCGAUUGCCCGCCCAAACUUUUCGUAAUCGUUACAACCUCGUACGAAUGCAUUUACCUUCGACCUAAAAUGUACUCCUAAUGAUACUACUUAUAAUUUGAAGUGUAAUGUUUAACCUUUAGACCAGAGUCCGCGUGUUUACCGUGUUUAUCAGUUUAAACAAUCAAGUCGAGGUUCUGCUAUAACCUCAAGUUAUUAUGCGAUAACACCUCUCACAGUACCCUUCUCAAUGUACAUGCAGCCAUGUAUAGGGUCCAUGGUACAGGCAACUCAUUUUAAAUUAGACCAAGGAUUAGACUAACGUGUGGUACAUCUAGCAACCGAUAAUCAUACGUGAUGUGCUAUUCUAUACAGACGGAAAAUAUUAAAACGAUGGAUGUAUUUUGUAUAGCAAUGUAGCUUAUCGCAUCAGCUAUUUUAAGUCAUCAGGGUAGAGGCCUAUUCUUUCACCUCGGAUUGGACCUGUUUCAGAUGUGUACGUGCUGCUGAUGCCGGGACCGUUGAUCAAGGUUUCUUUGAUUUCAUGAAGUCAUGACAGAAUACUCCUGAUCAAGUACAGACAUGCGAAUACCAUUAGAAUGGAUGAAUUAAAUCCACAAAACGUCGAGCAGAAUGUCGACAACCAGCAAACUACAUUCGAAAUAACGGACGAAACAUUGCCAUCAGCUGUCAAUGGAACAUUACCGGUCAAUACAACAUCGCAAGUAACGACGACAGCGCCAGUCAUGAUGACACAAUCAAUAUUUCAAAAUUUACCAGCUUCCAUAUCUUUGGACAGCUCUACACCUUCGGACUGCUCGACAUCACCGGACAACUUGACAACUCCAGACAACUCCAGGUCUCCGGACAGUUUAACAUCUCCGGACAACUUGGCAUCUCCGGACAUCUCCAGGUCUCCGGAUAGCUUAAUAUCUCCGGGCAACUUGACAAUUCCAGACAACUCCAGGUCUCCGGAAAGCUUAACAUCACCGGGCAACUUGACAACUCCAGACAACUCCAGGUCUCCGGAUAACCCAACAUCUCCGGACAACUCAGCAUCUCCGGACAAAUCAGCAUCUCCGGAUAAUUCAGAAUCUCCGGACAACUCAGCAUCUCCGGACAACUCAGCAUCUCCGGACAACUCAGCAUCUCCGGAUAAUUCAGCAUCUCUGGAAAACUCAGCAUCUCUGGACAACUCAGAAUCUCCGGACAACUCAGAAUCUCCGGACAACUCAGCAUCUCCGGACAACUCAGAAUCACCUGACAAUUCAGCAUCUCCGGACGACUCAGCAUCUCCGGACAACUCGACAUCUCCGGACAACCCGAUUUCAUCGGCCUCGGCGGUACUGCCAGUCAUUCCAACUUUUCCAAUCACUUUUAGAUCAGCCAACUCGACAUCAACGGUCAGUCUAACUUUACCGAUGACUUCGGCAGCGGUCAAUUCUAAUUUACAGAUUUCAGCAACACUACCUGUAACUUCGACGUCAUCGAUUAGUCCAACUUUAACGGUCACCUCGAGGCCGUCAGCCAUUCCAUUACCAACUGGUACUUACGAACAAACCACGAGAACCACAUCUGAUGACGCAACACCACGAUGCGGCCGAUGUCGAUCUCUAGGUCGAUCUCUAUGUCGAACAUCUCCAGACCGGUACUGUUGUUUCAUUCCUGCCAAGGUAUGGCUGAAAAUUCGGCUUCUCGCCAUCGUGCUCCUUCUCGUCGGACUCUUCCUCGUCAUCAUCUUUCCUCUUCCUGGAAUGAUUCUCUUUCAAAUAGCCGUCACUCUCCUGACCUUAUCAGCUUUAUUCGUGUUCAUGGACAUCGGGAGAGGAGCCCUGGCCAACUGUUGGUGUGAUGAUGUGGAAAGACCACGCACUCAACCGGACAGAGUUCGCACUAUCGAAGUCACUGCUAAUCAUACUGGCUUUGAAGACUACGACAACCCCGCCUUUACCGCGGGCGACUACCCUCCCGACUACGCAUCCGCCAUCGCUUCAUCACCGGCCCCUGUAGACACCGGACAUCGACGACAUCCAAAUAUUACCAUCAACAUCGAGUCAUCCGACCAGGGAACUGCAGGCAAUGUCGCCUUCGAUCCGGCCGUCAGCCCCAGCUCACUGUUCUCUUUCAAUGAACCUUAUUCUCCACGGUCAUUACCUCCAUCAUAUGAUGACGUCAUAAAGGAAGACAGCGAUAGACAGCAAGAAGGGCACCAGGAUGAUGCUAGUCCAGGACCGAGUUCUUCUUGAGAGUAAUCUUCAACUUAAAGCCCCACUGCACUACUUAUAGCUACUUGCGCCCUCUAUAUGGCAAACAAUGCCUAAUCG